AACGGGGGUGCGCACGCAGGCAGCUCGGCUCCCUGGGCUGAGUGAGCGGAGAGCAUCAGGUUGCCGGUGAAAGCUAUAAAAAGAGACGGAGGAAGAGGGGGGGAGCCGGCGGCUGUAGUAGCGGGGCUAUAGGAGGAGGGGGCCGCCGCCGCCGCUUCCCCUGCCCGCCCUCCCCUCCGCUCACCUUUAUGGACGAGCACCUCAGCCUCCUGCAAUCCCCUCCGCCGUCCUCCACCAGGCACCGCACCAACAGCAACAUCGUUAACCCGGGCUACACGGACGCGGAGCAGGAGAGCAUGACGGUGGUGGCGUGCGAUAACCUGAUGGAGGAGGCGGCCGCCCUCCCGGGACAACACUCCUCCGAGGGCUAUGAACAGGACGAGCAUGAGUGCUGCGAGCGGGUGGUCAUCAACAUCUCUGGCCUCCGCUUUGAGACCCAACUGAAGACUUUAGCCCAGUUCCCCGACACCUUACUGGGCGACCCUAAAAAGAGGAUGAGAUACUUUGACCCGCUCCGCAACGAGUACUUCUUCGAUCGCAACCGACCCAGCUUCGAUGCCAUCCUCUACUACUACCAGUCCGGGGGGCGCAUCCGCCGACCAGUCAAUGUGCCCAUAGAUAUCUUCUCCGAGGAGAUCCGCUUCUAUGAGCUGGGCGAGGAAGCCAUGGAGAAGUUCCGAGAAGAUGAGGGCUUCAUCAGAGAAGAGGAGAGACCCCUACCCUCCAAUGACUUCCAGCGCCAGGUCUGGCUGCUCUUUGAGUACCCGGAGAGUUCAGGUCCCGCGCGGGGCAUUGCCAUCGUCUCAGUUCUGGUCAUCCUCAUCUCCAUUGUCAUCUUCUGCCUGGAGACUUUGCCCGAGUUCCGGGAUGACAAGGAAUACAACGGGCCGCCCGUGUUACCCCAUGGGCAUAACAGCACCGGUCCCUUCCUGAGUAGCUCCUUCACCGACCCGUUCUUCGUGGUGGAGACCCUGUGCAUCAUCUGGUUCUCCUUCGAGCUCCUGGUCAGGUUCUUCGCCUGCCCCAGCAAAGCCACCUUCUCCAAGAACAUCAUGAACAUCAUCGACAUCGUGGCCAUCAUCCCUUACUUCAUCACACUUGGCACCGAACUGGCCGAGCGCCAGGGCAAUGGGCAGCAGGCCAUGUCUCUGGCUAUCCUCAGGGUCAUCCGCCUGGUUAGGGUCUUCAGGAUCUUCAAGCUGUCCAGGCACUCCAAGGGGCUGCAGAUCCUGGGGCAAACCCUGAAGGCCAGCAUGAGGGAGCUUGGGUUGCUCAUCUUCUUCCUCUUCAUCGGAGUCAUCCUCUUUUCCAGUGCCGUCUACUUUGCCGAGGCUGAUGACCCAUCUUCUGGUUUCAGCAGCAUCCCUGAUGCCUUCUGGUGGGCAGUGGUCACCAUGACCACGGUGGGCUACGGGGACAUGCACCCGAUCACCAUUGGUGGUAAGAUCGUGGGCUCCUUGUGUGCCAUCGCAGGGGUGCUCACUAUUGCAUUACCAGUGCCCGUCAUAGUGUCCAACUUCAACUACUUCUACCACCGGGAGACCGAAGGUGAGGAGCAAGCCCAGUACCUCCAUGUAGGGAGCUGCCAGCACUUGUCCUCCAACGAGGACCUGAAGAAGACCCGUAGCAAUUCCAGCCUUAGUAAAUCGGAGUACAUGGUGAUCGAGGAAGGGGUGAGCCCAGAGCCCUUUAAGCAGCCAAGCUUUAAGACUGCCAACUGUACCACCAACAACCCCAACUGUGUGAACAUCAAGAAGAUCUUCACCGACGUGUAACCAUCGCACCACCGAUGGAUGGAAGGGCUCCACCAACCAGCCAAUCUGGAGAAAUGUCACCACCAUCGACAUCGGUAUCUCCCACUUUUUUCAUUUUUAAGGGGAAGGAAGCUGUUGCUCGCACUCUAUAAGAGGAGAUCAGAAGUGGUGCUAGAAGGCAAAGUCGUGCCAGGAGG